UAAAAAAAAAAUGUAAAACCAGGUCCCUUUUGAUAGUGAAAUUUUGUAAUCAUUAAUUCUCUUUUCAUUCUAUAUUUUAAUUGAAAUCAAAUUGUAUUCAUUUGGUUUAUUUUAGGUUGAAAGAAAUAAUUUGUAGGUUGAAAGAUAAUUUUUUUGUUUGAGUUUCUGGCCUUCGCAACCGUUGCACCACUGGUUUCGUCGCCGGACCGAGCCCUAGCAGAUCAUCCCAACAUCUGAACCCUAAUUCGUGAUAGAUUUCGGAGGUGCAGCAGAGAAGGAUUUGCCCCCUUUCAAGAUCUAGUUCUUCCUGAUGGGAUGUAGGUCAUUCUCCUACAAUAGUCUCUUUCCAUCUCUUCUAAGGGUUGCAAAGUCACAUUGUCUACCACUCUCUCAAAGGUCAAAAGCAUUUUAUUUUUAUGAUUCAGGUCCAAGCGUACUACAACAUUGUUGCAAAAGUGGUUCUUUGCUGAACUUUCAAGGAUUAAGAUCAUAUGCACGUGACACACGUAGAGGCUAUGAUCUCUUUGGCCGUGGAAGACCAGGAGAUGAAGAAUUUAAGAAAGCCUGGGCAAAGGAGAUGGAUGAAGAUAACACUCUAUGGACAGGAAGUGAGGAUGAAAACGAUGAAGAAAUGGGUUCUAAGAGUAAUCUAGAUAAGGAGAUAAAGAAAGCAAGACUGGAAGCUAAAAAGCAUUCUGACUUGAUUGAUGCAGAUGACAGUGAUGAGUUAAGAAGUGUCUGGUCUGGCAGUGAUGAAGAGAAGACACUGUGGACUGGUGAUGAAAUGGAUAGUGAUGAGGAUAUUCCUACAGAAGCUUACCCAAAUGAAAGUAGUGACAAGUACAUAGAUAAAUUGUUUGAGUUUGAUGAAGUUCCUAAGUACAGAACCAUCUCAGAGAUGUUGAAAGCUGAACAAGAACCUGAGGAGUUGUCACCAGGAAAGCAAGCUAGGAAGAUUGCUGUUGAGAAUGCCUUAAAGAAAUUAAAGAAAGGUCCAGAUGGAAGGUACACUAAUGCGUGGGAGGUUAUGAGCGAUAUAGAUAUUCUAAUAGGAGCAUUUGAAAAUGUUGUUUCAGGACCAGAAUAUGAAGAGCUUAGACAAGGAGGGCCUAAACAACUAAAUAUUCAGUUUUUCAAGGACAUACAAGCGCGUAUGAGAGAUCCAAAUUACAAGUUCUCGCCCGAGUUAAAAUUGAAACCAAAGAGUAAAUUGGUUCCUACAAAGAAAUGGCAAAAGGCAGAGUCGAGAAGAAGGAAAGCAAGAAAGAGAUAAAUAUAUAAACGUUUUCUCAUUAAUGCAGAAGUUAGGCUUAUGAUUUUGUUUUAUCUUUGUACAGUACAUGCUUGUUAAUGCUUUAGAAUAGUUUAUAUAUUGAUCGGUAAUUUUUUUUUCAA